GGAACAUACUGUAUGAAGACAGAGGCACACUAAAACGUGUCGUUUGCAAGAAACUCAUUAGACGUCUGUGCUUUUUAAAACCACAGAGGAAUGCCUGUGGAUGUGGAGAAGAUUAUUCAGUUUAUUAAACAAGGCGACCAGGACAAUGUUCAAAUACAUCUGGAUGACUACAACACUGAGAACUCUGAAUGUUUCUUUUUUGAUGUGGAAGAAAGAGAGAGGAGAAAGCAAAGAGAGCUGGAAGAGUUCCGCAGGAAUAAAGUGAGAGAGUAUGUUCCAGACUCUGACUCAGAUUUUGACUCUGAUGAGAACGAGGACCCAAAUCUUGUUCUGCGGAGGAGGCUUGCUGCAGCUCUGAUCUGGUUCAUUCGCAUGCGGCUGCAGCCGGGGGUUUUGAGGGUGUGUCUGCGAACUCUGAGAAUUAUCUCGCGUGAUCGAAAGGCCUUGGCACCCCUGAUCACGGACUACGCCAUUCUAACUCUUGCUCGACUUGGGGGCAUCUCCGUCCUGCCCACCUGGCCUGAAGAAGAAGAGGCUGAGUGGGGCAGUGACAUUACUCAACAGAAUGAGACAGAGACACGUCUGGAUGAUAAUGGCGGCAAAACACAACGGCCAACCUGUUAUAGGGCGGAAGAUGAUUCAGUCUCUGUCUCUGCAGCCUGUGCUCAACCUUUGCUCAGUGAAGGAGGCUUGCAGCUCAACCCUGUGAAUGUGACAUCUAACUGUAAUACUGAGAGAGAAGCACAAAACGAGUGCUGUGAAGAAAAUGCGAGGAAAGAUGGGGUCUGUGGGCUGUUGACACGAGGAAAGAGGGAUGCUAGAGAAGAGAAGGAUGAGGAGGGGGAGGAGGGGUACGAUGAUGGAGAGGUCUGGAGGAAAGAGGCCAUGAAGGCCCUGUGCAAUAUCAUCUAUAACAGCCCAAAAGCACAGGAGAGGGCCAGCAUCCUGAGGUUGCUCCACGGCCUGUCAGAGAGACUCAAAGAUGGUAUACAUUCCUCAUCACCUCCAAGUGGUCAGUUUUAUGAACUGCGACUUCUCUUUCUGUUGACUGCUUUACGGCCCGAGCUCAGGAUAGAGCUCCGCCAGGAGCGUGGCGUGUCUAUGCUGACUGCUGCUCUGGAGCAGUGUUUGGAAGUGCACUGGGGUGAAACACAUGAAGUACUCACUGACCUCACAGCACCCCCUGUGUGUAAGGAGGUGACUCAGCGCGCCCUUGAGAUUCUCAAGACUCUCUUCAACAUUACCUACAGUGUGCACAGACAGGACAUAGAUGAGGAGGCUGCAGCUUUGUAUCGUCACCUAGCUGCAGUCCUGCGUCACUGUCUGCUCAUACCCUGUGAGGGAGAGGAUAGAAGAGAGGAGCUGCAAGGACACACAGUGAAUGUGCUCUCAUCGCUGCCUCUGCAGUGCUUGGACGUUCUGCUGUCCGUUCGUCUGUCUGAAGGUUCGAGGGAGUCCGGCGGAGUCAACAUGGACUGCGUUCACACUCUGCUGCUCUUCAUGGAGAAGAGACUGGAUAGAGGUCAUAAGCUGAAGGAAAAGCUGGCUCCAGUGUUAAACCUGUUGACUGAGAGCAGCAAAGCACACAGGGAAACUAGGCAUUAUCUCAGACAGCAGAUCCUGCCUCCGCUGAGAGACGUUGAGAUGAGGCCUGAACAGGGGAGCACACUGAGGAGCAAACUAGUGCGACUAAUGACCCAUGUCGACACUGAUAUCAAACACUGUGCAGCUGAGCUUCUUUUUGUGCUCUGUAAAGAAAAUGUGAGCAGGUUUGUGAAGUACACUGGAUACGGUAAUGCGGCGGGGCUGCUGGCGGCACGGGGGCUUUUGAACGGCCGCGGCCCAUCUCCUCAACCACAGUACUCCAGUGACUCUGACUCAGACACGGAGGAGUACAGACAAGCCAAGGACAGGAUUAACCCUGUGACGGGACGGGUGGAGGAGGAACAGCCUGAUCCAAUGGAAGGAAUGACUGAGGAAGAGAAAGAGGCAGAGGCGCUCAGACUCAUAAAUAUGUUCAACAGGCUCUCGAGGAACAAAAUCAUUCAGCCAAUGCGAGUGACAACAGACGGAAAACUGGCGCCCCUUUGUGGCCAGACGAGGCACAGCGCUGUGCAGGAGGAGGACGAAGAAGAGGAGGAAGAUGAUGAUAGCGAAACAGAGCAGUAAUGAUGACAAGAUGAUAAUGAUGAUUAAUAACCGACAGGUGCAGGAUAUUUUAUAAAACUGACUGAUACAGCGCUAAUACAAUAGUAUUAUUAAUAGCGCAAAUUAAUGUAACACAUAAUAAGGAAUAAUUUGUUGUUCGUUAAUUCAGUUAUUGGUGUAUGUAAAAAGAAAUGCUAUAGAGACAAAAAAAACAGAAUAAACAAAGCUCUGUGUGAAAAAACGAGGGAGGGGAGAUAUUUUGUAACGUACGUAAAAUAGCGGAGAAUGACAUUUCUUUGUAAUAACUCUCGUGAGUCACGAAGAGCUAGAAACCACAAAAUAGGGAGCUACUAAGAAGCGAAGGAGAAAGAAAGAGACAAAGAGAGACAGCCAUCACACCAAAGACAGACAAACACUCCUGGAAAAUGCUGCUGGUGUUGCCAUGGUUAUGUUACCAUGGUAACAACAGGAAAUGCAGUUCUACGGAUUCUUUUUUUUCGCGCUCUAGCAGGAGUGAAAUGUUUACCUUGAAGAGAACUGCUGAGGGUCAGUCUAACGCUCUGCGCCGAGAACGCCGAAUAAAAAUACAUCCUCAGAGAAAUGUUUUCAUUUACAAAAAAAUGAUUAGCAAACUUUGAACCAAAGUACAAUGUGUAGAAGCAGGUAAUUUUUUUUCACCGUUCUGCUUGAUUUACAGUGUUUUUCCCGCCACGAUAUCAUUUCUCCCCGCAUAAAAUACCAGCAAGUAUGUCAAUAACAAAU